CGCUGAAGGUCGGUCGGACGAAAUGCGCGCGCGCACCUCGGCGACUCACCGCGCCCGCCACCGCUCGCGUCAGUCGCUAGCGGGGAAUCUCGCAACCACACGUACCAACUGUUAUGUAAAUAACGUGAUAAUAACUUUGUUUACACACAACGAAAACUACAGUGAUAAAGUUUAGUGAAAAAAGUUACGUGCAUUUAUCAAAAUUACUCUCCCACGCAUGGUCAAAAGGUAUCAUCCUUCAGGAAGUUUUGACUAGAAGGACGUGAGUGCCGGUGUGCAAUGGUGACGUAAGCCGGCAGCAUGCGCUGGUUGAAGUGGCGGACUGCGCUGGUGUCAGUACUGGCACUGGCGGCGUGCGCGCGCUCGCAACGCGCGGAACCGACCAUCUGCGAGGAAGAGUUCUGCCGCUGCGACUCUUUCACCACGGUCAUUUGCAACUGUGUUUCUGAUAACGAGGUAACACUGAGGCCCGACGGUGCUUACAGAGUGCCAUCGACGACGUCGGGUAUAGUAAUCAGAGGCUGCUCCCGUGUUAAUUUCUUGCCCGACCUGGCAAGGAACCUUAUCCAACUGAGGACCAUAGAGUUGACCAAUGUCAUGGACGUAAUCAUCAACGAACGAGCCCUGUCGUGGUCACCAUUUUCUAGGGAGAAUGAAAUGCACCCUGGUCUGCGAAUACUCAUACAGAACAGUACUGUUAACCAAUUAUCGUCUUACGCUAUUCAAGGACGUGUUAAUGAUAUAAUUAUCACUGACAGCAGAAUUAAUAAUGUGAGGCCAUACGCAUUUUCUAGUCUCACGGGUGUAAGAAAUAUAGAAUUAAAGAAUAAUUUGUUAUAUAAUAUAGAAAGACAUGCUUUUAGUAAAUUCACCACAGUUAAUUUCUUAUUAAGAGGAGGCACUGUGGAUACACUGCCUAGUAGAUUUUUAUCAGAUGUAGAGGUAACGAACUUAUUUCGAGUAGAGGGAAUAGCGGUAAAACAUAUUAAUAGUGUAACAUUUCUUGUCAGUUCACCAAAGAGAGUCUUGAUUGAGAGUAAUUUAAUAGAAACCCUAGAUCCAGACGGAUUCCACAUAACCACAAGGGGACCAAUCACUUUUAGAAAUAAUACUGUAAGUACUUUUAGUAGAGGUGCACUGCUCGGGUUUACUGUGGACCCGGAAGUGAUAUCCGUGAAAGGGCGCCAGGAGCUACUAGUGGACAACAAUACAAUAACGCAUAUAUUGCCAUCUUCUUUGGUUUACAACCAAACAACGCUAUCAUUACGUGUGGAUGGAUUAAAUCUGAACAUUACGUGUAACUGCAAACUAACAGAGAAAUGGAAGGACCUACUAAAGGAGGAAGCCGGCAUUGUGACUUGUUGGUACGAUUUGGAAGCUCACUUUAUGUCUGUGCCGACCUUUGCAGACAGCCGUUGUGGAACAUUCAAGCGAACAUUUUGGAUAUUUAUAGUGGUCGGCAUAGUGGUAGUUUUAAUCGUUGCAGCUCUCGCUACGUACUACAUAGUAAGACGAGAAACUGAGAAAAAGAAAAAAGUACAGAUAGUGAUGCCUGACGGCAAAACUUACAGAGAGACAGAGUUCCACAUUGUUGUGGAAAGAGCGGAACUAUUAACAACCAACCUAUGAAAAAAUAAUGUCAGCGAAAUUAGCACUUGAUCAGUUUACUAUAUAGGUUAAGUACUCUUGGAACGAAAACCGUCAAUUUGAAAUGUGCCAACGCUAUAAUUGUUAAGAUUCUUCACGAUUAGAAGGUCUUAGGCUAAGAACUCACGCGGAGCGGUUUCUCCCGCACCAGGUGUGACCGGUCAGGACAGGUCAAAAUUAAUCCCUUAGAAUUUUUGAUAAACAUUGGU